AUGUUUGGAGGUUUUGGUGGAGACGGUAAUCCCUUUAACGUGCAAUUUAAUUUUGGUGACUUUCCACAGCGGUUUAAUGAGCACUAUCGAGUGUACCCUGUGUCAUUUUGUGACAAAGGACACUUGGAAGAUGGUGACAAGAGUGAGUUUACAAAUUGCUUAUUAGUUUUACUACCACCUUCUGCCCUUGAGACGUUAGCACGUCUGCAUAUUGAAUAUCCGAUGUUAUUCAAGGUGACCAAUGAAGGAGUAGAACGCUCAUCGCACUGCGGUGUAUUGGAAUUUAGUGCUCCGGAGGGGAGCUGUUACAUGCCAUACUGGAUGAUGCAAAAUCUUUUUGUAACGGAAGGUGGAAUUUUGAACAUCCAGAAUGUUUCGCUACCGAAAGCAACGUUCGUGAAGCUACGGCCACAAUCUCAAGAUUUUCUGGACAUUUCGAACCCGCGUGCCGUCUUGGAGGGCUCUCUCCGAACGUUUUCAUGCAUGACAGUAGGCGACACAAUUUGCCUCAAGUACAACAACAAGAAUUACAUGCUGGACGUACGGAAAGUGAAGCCUGCACCUGCUGCCUGUAUCAUCGAGACCGAUUGUGAGGUGGAUUUUGAACCUCCUCCCGACUACAAUCCUCCUGCUCUUGCCGCUGCAGCGGCAUUGGCAGCUCCCGCGGUGCCAUCGGAUAUUCCAUAUGGCGGCGUUCCAACAAUGAAAGCGGAAGAUAUUAACUUGGUACAUCGUGGUGGAACGGGAUUCGGUAGUGGUUUGCGUCUCAAGAAAAGUGGUGAAAAAAGCUCGACCGACGCAGCAGCACUCCGCGCUGCUCGCUUACGCAAAUACGAGGCCUUUCACGGCGCUGGUCGCUCGCUCAGUGGGAAGACGUCCAAACUCAGUAGCUCGUCUUCUGAUGGCUCUUUCUUGGGAAGCUGUAACAGUACAUUGCCGCUUAAUGGAGGCAGCAACAGCAGCUCAGCCAUUGGAAACAGCACUAAGCCUUCUGUGACCUAUCGACUGAAUGGUGAGGCAGUUCAUUUAGCUGAUGAGAUUGUGGAGGAAAAGGACGAAGAGAUGAAAGAAAAUGGCGACCCCAAGCCUUUUCAAGGCGAAGGCCGGCGGCUGAGAUAA